UAAUUCAAUUCCUGCUGUAAUUCCUCAUUUUGCAAUUUAUUGAUGUAGUCAAAUGAAAUACUUUCAGAUUCUUGUAUUAUGUACAUUUUGUGAAUCGUGCUCAUGUUAUGCCAACACUGCAAGUUUCUAGCGUCGAACAACCUGAUCAUAGUAUGUCAUAGUUUUUUCAGCUUAAAGAAAAAUCUGUUUACAAACUGUUAAUGCAAAUUGCAUAACACAGCAACGAAAUAUACUGUGAAAAGUUAGUAAGCUGGUGAACGCACGCUUUACCAGUUUUUCUUAGUUUGCAUAUUUCUGGCUGUCCAUCAAGUCGUAUACGUGUUUUGAUGCGACGUCACACUGCGCCAGUGAGUAUAUAUUUUUAAACUGGCAAAUGGAAAUUUAUUUCGUUUUUAAUGUUUAGUGCGCAGCUCUCGACCGGCAACAUGUUGAAUCUGUGCUAAUUGGCAGCCAGCCAGAGGUACAGACCAAUGUGGAGGCAAGCUAACAGGAAGAGCAGAAAGAAAAGGCAAGAUCAAUAUGUUUACCAAGACCGAAACCUAUGACAAAUGCAGUGCAGUAGCCAGCGCGGAAUUAAAUGUAAAUGACAGUAACAACACAGACCUUCAAGACAAGGCAGCCAACAACAGCAACAACAGCAACAACAGCAACAACAGCAACAACAGCAACAAUAGCAACAGCAACAGCUCAUUACUGCGCUCAAUCGAUGAGCAUUACGUUUGUGACAUAGCCAUGAUGAGCAUUGCCGAGGAAGUUGGCCAGAUGACGGCCCAGGCCUUGCUGUCAAGCGCGGAUCAGCCGCUUGGGAGCACAAUGAGCAAUGGCAACGAGCUGGAAAUUGAUCGCCAGGAGGAGGAGCAGGCGAUAAGCCAGCUGGUGCGCUCGUCCAGCGGCGGCGUGCUAAUGGAACCGGGCAGCCACAACAGCGGCAGCAUGCGUGUUGUCCUGGGGAUACUGGUGCGUCUGGUGCUGCCGCUGGCGAAUGGUGUCGCCCGCGGCAUUAAGGGCAUUCGGGAUGUACGCGUGCUGCGGGUGCUGCAGAAUCUGGCCUCCAGUCGCCAGGCGCUGACCAAUCUGGUGGCCUUUGCCGCGAACACCAUAUCGCUGAAUCUAUCCUCCGUUCAGGCUUUUUAUAUCAAAUGCUUAUCGCUCUAUCCACAAUCUCUUCCAUUGACAGUUUCCAAUCGUCUGGGGCCUUUGCUCAAUUUGCUCAAGUUGCGCAAGUCCCAAGAUGGCUUGGAAAGUCUGCCCGAUACGUUGAGCACACGUACACCGACCACGCCCACAACGUCCACACCGCCCAAUACGCCCACAACGCCCAGCACGCCGUUGCAGGGACCGCCAACUUACAGUCUUCAAAGCUCAAGCGCCAGCUGUUGCACUCUUAAUAUACUUGCCGCACCGCCGGCGGGCACACCCAUACGCGCCGACAUUGUGCUUGUGCAUGGUCUGCACGGUUCGUUAUUAAACACAUGGCGGCAGGGCCUGUGGCAAAACGAGCGUCAUCCAGUGGAGUUCGAUCGACCGCCCCGGCCACCUGUGCGUCCACCAAAGCGUCCACGCCAUUCACGCAGCGCCGCCAUACAUCCUGCGCCGCGCGAGAAACGCGCCAAGUUUGCCUCCUGCAAUCGCCUUCUGGAAACAGAUGCAGCGUUUGAUGACGCUGCCUGGCAGCAGGCAACGCUGCAACAGACAACUGAGCCACAGGCGUUCAGUGCUUCCGACAAUGAUGAUGAUGCCGAAGAUUACGCGUAUGUUUGUGGCGAACCAGAGGAUAUACAAAUCUGUGAGGGCAUCGAGUACAGCUUCCCAACAUUCCGUCUGCGUAUGCACGACAACAGCCAUUUGCUGCAGGUCGAGCUGGAGUCCAUGCUGCAGGCCGAAGGCAAUAACAGUCCCAACAUGGACACCACACAGGCCUCUGCGACGCGCAAGACGGCCAGCAAAAGCAAAAAGAAACCUUCUGCCAAUGAUCCGAACUACUCCAACUGCUGGCCCGGCGACUGGCUGCCACUGGAUUGUCCGGGUGUAAGAGUCAUAGCUGUCAACUAUACAACUGACCAGUAUCUGUGGCGUCCGCUUUGGAAGACCAAGGAGCCACGCUCCAGCCUCAUUCAGCGCUCGCGCGAAAUGGCCGAGCUGCUUAUGCAGCAUCGCGUUGGCCACGGCCAUCCGAUCAUUUACGUAGGCCACUCCAAGGGCGGCCUCUUUAUCAAGCAGCUAAUUGUGGAUGCCUGGGAGAGCGGGCGUCCAGCUAUGCGACCACUCUGGCGAUCCGCUCGCGGCUGUUUCUUCUACUCGGUGCCGCAUCGCGGCUCCCAUUUGGCCUCCAUUAAGGCGCCGCUGCUGACGCGCUCCGUGGAGCUGCUGGAGAUAGAGAAGAAUAACAAAUAUCUGUUGGAUCUGCAUCGGCGGUUUGCGGGUCUCUAUCACUUGGGUCAUCUAAAGAUCGAGGUAUUUAGUUUUGUGGAGACAGCUCUGACGCUCAUGUCGGUACUGUAUUUACGCAUUGUGGGCGUAGAUUCAGCCGAUCCAGGUUUUGGUGAAGUGUGCGGCAUAAGGCUGGAUCAUCGCGAGAUCUGCAAGCCGCGCAGCCGGGAAUGCAUUCUGUACAAGGAACUUGUGAAAAUGAUAAGAAAGGUGUGCUGAGCGCCCUUCAAUUAGUCUACAAUAUCUAGAGGACCUCAAUGAACUGGAAUCGAUAUGUGAAUAGGCUUACAACUAAAAGUUGACCGAUAUUUAUGCGUACCUAAAAUAUAUGAGGAGCGCCCUUUUUCAUGUUGUGGUGCAUAGCAUAGAUUUUUUUUUGUUUUUGUUUUGUUUAAAUUCAUAAUUGAGCGCAAUCAGAAUUAACUUGAUUUUAAUAUUUGCUUUUGUUUUUGGAAUUGAUAAUUUAAUGGUUUAAAUACAGAGUUUAGUAGACCUUGUUUUGGUAUUCCUUUUAAGUAUCCUCCCAUCGCAGUCUCGGAAAUAUAUCAAACAUCCAAACUCUCUUGACUGUGCCCAUUUGUAGCUUAGCAAAGCGAAAGAUUAUUUUUAAGCUAAGUUUUAAGUUUUAGUUUUUGUUCAUUUUUCAGACACACUCAUUAAGAUGCGUUCAAGCAUGCCAUUUAGCACGUAAUAUAUGUAGGAUAUGAGAACUUUUGCUAUUUUUUAUUGUGAUCAUUCGUUCAGUUAGUUGUGAUCAUUUGAAUAUUUUACAGGUAUUUAGCACAUACCACAGCCCAUAGAAAGCUAUAUGUUAAUAUGUAUAAUUGAAGAAUAUUAAUACUUGUUAAUGAACACCGCUGUUAAACGUUACCAACGAAUUCAUUUCGUGGCUCCUUUUAUGAUAUUGCCCAUAUGAUAUUUUAUACAAACCUGUAAAGUACUGAGAACUACUAAAGAUUUACGACUAAGCCAAUUGUAGUGUAUAUACUUAUUUAAAUAUACGUUUAACGUUUAUUUUGAAUAAAAAUGCAUAUUGUAGCAUAUGUUUUGUCAUCA